AUGACUGAUUGUGGUACUUACGCAUCAAACAUAUUAGUAGCUGGAACUCCAGGAGUCGGCAAAAGCAGUUUGUGUAAAAGGAUUGCCGAAAAAACAACAUUCAAACACUUAAAAUUGGGUGAAAUUAUUGAGGCUCAAAAAUGUUAUGAGGAAUGGGAUGAUGAUAUGGACUGUUCAAUACUCGAUGAGGAUAAGACAAUUGAGACACUACGCAAUCUGGGUAUAACAAAGGGAGGUUAUUUGCUGGAAUUUCACGACCCUUCAUUCUUGCCACAAGAGUGGUUCAGGCUUGUAUAUGUCUUAAAUUGUGAUAUUAAGGAACUUGGGAAAAGAUUGGAUCAAAGGGGUUACUUAGAGGCAAAGGUUAGAACAAAUUUGCAGUCAGAAAUCUUUCAAGUAGUUUCAGAUAAUCUAAUAAAUGAGGGUUAUCAUAUUCACUUGCUGAAUAACACGACAAUGGAAGAUAUGGAGUCUAAUGUAUCUGAGGUUGUGAAUGCUAUUAAAUCAAUUGAACCCAAUUGA